CCGUGAUUAUACUGGCCGAGGUUGUGGCUGAGGGGGGAAAGAAAAAAAAAAAGAAAAAAAAAAAACCCAAGCCGUGGGACAGAAGUAAACAUGGAGCUCUCCGCUGUCGGAGAGAGGGUUUUCGCGGCCGAAUCCAUCAUUAAACGACGCAUAAGAAGAGGGCGGAUGGAGUAUCUGGUGAAAUGGAAAGGCUGGUCUCAAAAAUACAGCACCUGGGAGCCAGAAGAAAAUAUUCUGGAUGAGCGUCUGUUCGCUGCUUUUGAGGAGAGAGAGCGGGAGAGAGAAUUAUACGGGCCGAAAAAGAGAGGACCGAAGCCAGAAACUUUCUUAUUAAGGGCAAAGGCUAAAGCCAAAGCCAAAAGUGAUGAAUUCCGAAGAGAAAUGUCACGCGAGAUUAGAGUUUCGUUCCCCGUCGCAGAACCAGUUGUCACACCUCGAGCUCGGGAAGGGUUAAGAACAGUCGUACCGACUAUCUUCCCUCCGAGCACUGUCAACAGAGGAGAGAGUGUUCGUGUCCGAUCACCAGAGCCAGAGAGAAGAUCUCGACCUCCUGUAUCACCAACACAUAGCCUUCUGGACUCCGUUAAUACACCAAAAAAGAGAGGACCAAAACCAAAGUUGCGUUUCCCUGUUAGUGCCCCUAGCAGCAGUUGUUCACCCAUUGAGCCUGUUAAGAGGAGGGCAGAUGAACACUUGUGUUUUAGUCCAGCUAAAAUUUCCAGGCCUGCUCAUCAUUCAGGAGAAACUUCUAACUGUAGCGUCAUCCAGUUAACUCAGAGAUUUCGAGCAGAAAGCGGUAAGCCACCAAAACAGCUUGGUUGUGGAUCGAGUAGCAGUGUUGGUCUAGGAGGCACUCUGCGAAAAACAGCUCAUGAUAUUUUAGGACACGGCACAAGGCAUUUCUCAAGUGGCCCCUCAGUUCCACACACCAAGAGGAGACAUCUUUCCAAGAACAGUUUAUUUCAGCCUGAUGACCUGCCCAUCGAUCGCUUUGCUCCGAUGUACUCCGUGCCACAGAAUCUUGGAGAUGAAGACGAGGAAUCCUGGACUCCGUGCCUAAACAACAUGGAGAAAAUUAUUGUGACUGAUAUAACCAGCAACUCAUUGACUGUAACGAUUAAGGAGAGCUCAACAGACCAAGGCUUCUUCAAAGAACAGAGAUGACGUGUAGUUUUUGGUCAGCCGAUGUAAAUAUCUAUGGAAAAAAAAUACAUAUAUAUCCAUUAAGUCUAUAAUGUUUCUAUAAUUUGUAGACGAAGUGUGCAGUACGUGAUGCAAUUGUGUAAAUAUGUAACAAAAAUAGUCUGAAUAUACAUUUCCAUUCAUAUUUUCUAUGAAAAUGAAGUUUAUUUUUUUACUUCCCAAAGGUAUCUGUAAUGUCCAGAGAUCAGUUUGUGUCAGUUGGAGUGCGGCUAGGCGCACAAUGCCGACUAAACGCAUUGCACUGACUAUGUGCGAAACUUUCAUACUAGCGUGCUAAGUAGUAAUACCACCAUGCAGCACGUACUAUACUAAUGAGUGCGCUAGUAUGUAUUUUGCCUGAAUGGACGCUGCCUCUUUUAACGCACGGCACCUUUUUAUCCGGGGGAUCAGUGCGUUCCUCCUGUAUUAUCCCCCGAGUUCUUAAUUGUAUUGUGUGAAUAGAGUGUGCAUAUUUGAAGGUCUAGCAUUGCCUUGUAUUAAAGCACAAAGUAAAUAUAAAUGCUGACCAAACAA